AUGCCCAGGUAUGCAGCUGACAGCAUAUCACAAGCUGCCAGCACACUGUCGGACCCUGAGUCGGCUUCAUCUCAACCUAUGGUAAAGAGAAGGAAAUUGAGAGCCGUAUCAACAUGGGACCACUUUCGAGAAGCUCAAGGAGAUGAGCUGCGCACAAAAGGCGGUCAGAUACGCUACUGCAGACGUUGUUGUAAUCCCCCUUGGUCAACCCACAUAUCUGGCAACGCUCGCUAUCACCUCGAGAACACUCAUCACAUACUAGUACGAGAGGGGCCAAGAUCUCAAAACAACCGUCAAAUAGCCAUCGAGAAUGCCUUUGCAAGAACAGCUGUUAAGCAGCUAAAGCAAGCAAAGGCGAUGGAGACAAACACUCUGCGAAGUGUAAUAAAUGUAGAUGCCUUUCGCGAGGCACAGAUGCUCCUAGCCGCACAUAAGCAUCUUCCGCUAAACUUUGCAACCUGGCCGGAAUAUCAGGCACUUCUAACGGCGGUAAAUUCUGCAAUUGAAGAGUUCCUCGUUGAUUCUGGUAACACUGUUGCAGCGGACUUGAACAGGCCUUACAAUGCUCAUCAAGGAUCUGUGAGAAAAUGCCUGGAACAUGCCCGGAGCCUCAUGAACAUAGCCAUAGAUGUAUGGUCUUCUCCGCAGCGCAAGGCGUAUAUCGCUAUCCACGCGCAAUGGGUCGAUGAGGACUACCGACCUCGCAAAGCAUUGUUGGGGCUGCCGAACCUCCGACGUUCCCACGCCGGCGCGGCUAUGACGCCGCACUUGAUGAGGACUAUCCGAAAAUACAAUUUAGCGCACCGAAUCGGCUACUUUACCGGGGACAAUGACGCAAAGAACGACACUUGUCUCCGCCAGCUUGCGGUUGAGUUGUCACAGGAAUACGGCCUUACAUUUGACCCAGUGUCGGCUCGAACACGGUGUGCCGGCCACAUCAUUAACCUGUCCCUGCAAGCUUUUCUCUUCGCAACUAGCGAAGAUGCCCUACAGGCCGCUAUUGAACAGGCGCAAGAUGAAGCGAGUGACUUAACAGUUGUGGACGCGUUGCAUGACCAGAUGCACUUGAAUACCCGCCAAACCACCCACGGCAAACGCAAGAAACGCAAUGAUAACGCCGGCUGGAGGAGCAUCGGCCCUCUGGGUAAACUGCACAACAUUGCUGUGUUCAUCCGUAAUUCCACUGUGCGUAACGACGCAUGGGAUGACAUUGCAGGAAAAGCACUAGGGAUUGACAAUAUCACACGAUGGAACUCAUGGUUUAAAUUACUUGACGCGGCUAUAAGCCAGGAGGGUCAAUUAUCAAUAUUCCUCAACCAAUACCACAAUGAGUUGGAAGACGACAUCCUCACACACGAUGACUGGCAAGUGCUCAAAAUGACCCAUGAGUUCUUGCAGCCGUUUUACCAGGCGACCUUGGAGCAGCAAAUGGAGUGGGCAUCAAUAGACCAGGUCCUAGAGAAUAUGGAUAUUCUCUUUAUGCAGUUUGAAAAUGCCAAGGUCAAAUACGUGAACAAUGCAGACAUGGUUAAUUCUGUGCAUAUGGGCUGGUGGGUGCUCUCAAAGUAUUAUGAGGAGAGUGACAAAAACCCCCAUAUAUGCCACGGCAUUAUUGCUCCAUCCAGAAAAGCGCAGGAGGAAAUCCCUCUAGGCAUGUUAGAAUCCCACGAAGAAUGA